UCCAUGAUAACCGUACACUGAGCAGUCUGAAACGUUGGCAAGUUCAACCAACCGCUAUUUAUGCAAAUUAAGGGCAUAGUGCUGUGUACAGUUAACACUUGGACAUUUAUCCUGUUUAAAGCAGACAUUCAGUGGAAAACGUUUGUCGUUAGCCGAGGCUACCGGCUAAGUUAGCUUCACGUAGCCGAAAAAGCUAACGUGACUAACGUUUGUUAGCGCCCACAGGAGAGCAGAGAGCAUUGUGACUUGGAGGAAGGAAGGAAGGAAGGAAACUUGAGAAGCAGGAUCACUGCGUACUGCUUCUUGUGCGAAGCAAGCACACUUUUCUCACUGUGACGCGUUCAGGAAAGGUGAUUAAAUCUAAGUAGACUGUGUGAUAUUUCACACGGUUUAGGUUAUUAGGUAUGUUCAUUUAUAAGUAAGUGUUAGCAACGCGUCGCUUGGCUAGUUUGCGGUUUCCUGGAGUUAGCCCGUUAGCAACAAACUUCUGAACAAGUUGGUCCAGUUUUGCUUCUUGGUUUUCUUAGGAAAUAUAAGCAGACUCGAGUUUUUUCUUUUCAAACGAACUCCGUCUGAACCGCUUCAGCACCAAGGCGACAGAGGAACAGGACUCAUGGCAUCGGGCGUGAUAGAAAGUGAAGCAGUGUUGACGGGUGUAAGUGAUAGUUUGAACAAUAGCAGUCUAGAUUUUGUCACACCCAGCAGGACUCAUGGGGAUUUGGGAAACAGGCAGACAUCUAGUCCCUCAUCUUCCGGAGUGUCUGGAGAGGAGGUUGACGACGAGGUUUUGCAUGUUAGCCCAGUGGUAAAUGUCGAAAAGUCGCUUCAAGAAAGUCUGACCAAAACAAGAAGAACAACGCCAGGAAAAUUGCAGAAACAGUCGGGAGGAGGAAACUCUACCCCUGUUAACCUUCCCAAGCCGCACUCACCACCUGGAACAACUGGAAGCUUAGAGCGGCAAGAGUCGGUCGCCACUACUGAAGCCCGUCUAAGAAUGGAAGGCGUUGAGCUGAAGGAAGAGUGGCAGGAUGAAGACUUCCCACGGCCCCUCCCAGAGGAAGAGGAGCUCGAUGAGAUUUUUGUUGGAACCUCUGAAGAGACAGACCCUGGCUAUGCAGUGAACCAAGGCAAGAAGGCCAAGAAAAAACUCACGGCUCCAGACAUCAGUUUGACUCUCGACCGCAGCGAGGGAUCUCUUCUCUCUGAUGAGCUGGAGGAAAGCAUGGAGCUGGAUCUCGAUGAAAUAGAGACCCCCUCAGACAACAGCAAUGAGUUUGAAUGGGAAGAUGAUCUUCCUAAACCAAAAACCACAGAAAUACUACAGAAAGGCGUAGAGUCAGUCCAGGAAUAUAAAGCAUCAGAUGAGCGGGAGGAGGGACGGCGAUGGAGGAUUUUCCGUAUUGGAGAUCAAGAUCACAGAGUGGAUAUGAAAGCCAUUGAACCUUACAAAAGAGUUAUCAGCCAUGGGGGUUAUUACGGAGACGGUUUGAAUGCCAUAAUUGUGUUUGCUGUUUGCUUCAUGCCUGAGAGCAGUCAACCAAAUUACAGAUACAUCAUGGAUAAUUUAUUCAAGUAUGUCAUUGGCACACUGGAGCUGCUGGUUGCAGAGAAUUAUAUGAUUGUGUAUUUAAAUGGGGCAACAUCUCGGAAAAAGAUGCCAACUGUCGGCUGGCUCAGAAAGUGCUACCAGCAGAUCAAUAGGAGGUUACGGAAAAACCUUAAAUCGUUGAUAAUUGUUCAUCCCUCCUGGUUUAUUCGCACCCUGCUGGCACUCACAAAACCUUUUAUAAGCUCCAAGUUUACUCAGAAAGUCAAGUAUGUGUACAGCUUGACAGACCUUGCUGAACUUGUUCCAAUGGAGUAUGUGUCCAUACCAGAUUGUAUCAAACAGUUUGACGCUGAAAAAAAUAGGAAAAGCAAAAAAAGAAUCGACCAGGAAAUGUCCGGGAAGGUGGAGACCGCUGCUGUUCCUGAGUGACCGCCCCACACUGCAAUACGGGGAGGAGAACGGAUCCCAACCUUUUGUAACUCAUGUCCACAUAUUUAUGUGAUGGGAGAAUUACUCUUUUUUUUUUUUUUUUUUUUUUUUGCACUAUGGAAAGUGCUUUUUUGAAUCAAUGCUGCCUGUUACAUUGUCAGACAUUUUGCUGUAUUGUUUUUCAUUGUUUGUCAAACAACCUAACCCGGAUCACGUUGCGCACAUGCUGUCUGAAAUGUUUUUAUUGCUCUUAGUUAAAAGUCCCCUGUGUAACGCCAAGCCUGACUUCGGUUGCUUAGUUACCGUUAUAUCCUCACUUUAUUUUACACACUCUGUUACAAGGGGUUGCUGCAUGUUCUGCUUCAUUACAUUGAAAUAUAUAUUUAUAUUCAAAAGGUGUCAAAAGGAGAGAGAUUAAUAUAUUUUUAUGAACUGAUUUUUAAACUGCAAUUUUAGGUCUCAGUUUAUGGAAACUGUUGUCAGCACCUUUUUCACUGUUCACUGCUGAUGUUCUGUUGAAAUCCUACCAGGGGAAAAUAAAGCUUUAUUUUGUUGCCCCUCA